AUGGCACUGAACUCCAUCCUCACCAUAGGGCCGUUCAAGCAUCGCAAAGACUUGACCCGAGAGUCGGUGUUGUCCACCUACCAUAUCAUCGGAUACAUAGCGGCAGGCACGUACGGAAAGGUGUACAAGGCUAGACUCAAGAGCAAGAAGGACAAAGAGGGCGAGGGCAGCCAGACAGCCAAGAACGACGGCUCCAGGCACGACGGUGACGACAAGGACAUCCAGUUUUACGCCAUCAAGAAGUUCAAGAGUGACAACCAUCUGGCCAACAAGACCCACCACAACCACGACAUCAACGGCAAUGAGGUGGUCCACUACACAGGCAUCUCGCAGAGUGCCAUCCGGGAAAUGUCGUUGUGCCGAGAGCUCAACAACAAAAACAUCACCAAGUUGGUGGACAUCAUCCUCGAAAACAAGUCCAUCUACAUGAUCUUCGAGUUCUGCGAGCACGACUUGCUCCAGAUCAUCCAUUACCACUCGCACCCCGACGUCAAGCCCAUUCCCCAGAGCACCAUCAAGUCUUUGACGUGGCAGAUCUUGAAUGGGGUCACCUUUUUGCAUCAGAACUGGAUCUUCCACCGUGACUUGAAGCCCGCCAACAUCAUGGUCACAAGCUCAGGUGUGGUCAAGAUCGGAGAUCUUGGCUUGGCCAGAAAGUUCAACAACCCCUUGCAGAGCUUAUACACUGGUGACAAGGUCGUGGUUACCAUCUGGUACCGAGCCCCAGAAUUGUUGCUAGGAGCAAGACACUACACGUCUGCAAUUGAUUUGUGGGCAGUGGGGUGUAUCCUUGCCGAAUUGCUCUCAUUAAGACCCAUUUUCAAGGGAGAAGAAGCCAAGAUAGACAUGAACAACAAGAAAUCAGUACCGUUUCAAAAUAACCAAUUCCAAAAAAUCAUCGAAAUCUUGGGAACUCCCAACCUCAAAAUAUGGCCUGCUCUCAACAAGUACCCUGAGUUUGUCUCGUUUCAGCAGCAGCUUUCAGGAAACUAUCCUUCCAACUUGGUCAACUGGUACAAAAUGAUCGGUGGGAGUAACAAGCAGUGUCUUUCCUUGCUCAAAGGGUUGCUAGACUACGAUCCUUCGACCCGGUUGACUGCGGACCUGGCACUAGUCCACCCGUACUUCUUGGAGCUUCCCAAAGUGCAAGAAAACGCGUUUGAAGGUUUGAGUUUGAAUUAUCCCAAAAGAAGAAUCUAUUCCGAUGAUAACGAUAUCAACUCCAGCCAGGCCAUACAGAACAAUUACAAGAGACACGGGGGUGGCUACGACGACGCAAACAACGGAGGCAGCCAAGCCAACAUCGCCAAUGCCAGAAAAAGGCAGAAGUAA